GGCCCGGUGUCCCAAUCAUAUCUUCUCCUAGAAAGAUUUUUUUAGUUGUUGUUUAAGGGAGUUUCCCGACUGAACCAGAUAAGCUCACGGGCAGACCAAACUAGCAUCAUUGAUGAGGUCCUUAUUCGGGACGAUGGCGGCUGCUCCGCCUCCUGAUCCAUCUAAUGGGAGAAUCACUACCGGCAGCGGUGGCGAUCGAGACUCCAACUUCGAUACGAACAUGGUAAUAAUCCUGGCGGCCCUUCUUUGCGCCCUAAUAUGUGCCUUAGGGCUAAACUCAAUCGUUCGAUGUGCACUACGAUGCGGUCGGCGGCUCACGUUGGAGACAUCAGAGGCAGCGACGGUGCGGCUGGCGGCUACGGGGCUCAAGAAAUGCGCCCUGAGGCAAAUCCCGGUGGCAAUCUUUGGAUCCGGCACAAACAUACCGGCAACUGAAUGCCCUAUUUGCCUUGUAGAGUUCGUCGAUGGAGAGAAGAUCCGGGUGCUUCCUAGCUGUAAUCAUGGCUUUCAUGUUCAAUGCGUCGACACUUGGCUUUCCUCGCACUCGUCUUGCCCGACCUGCCGUCACUCCGUCCUCGAUAGUUCUGUGGCCGCAGUCUGCAUCACUGUCGCCGGAGGAUCUGUUGGGGUACGGUCGCCGGAGGUUGAUGGCACCGUACCGAUGACGGCGGAGUUGGUGGAGGUGAGCUGAAGGAUUAUGUUUGCUCCUCCAGGGCAGAAUCUCUUUUCCCAGCGACGGAGAUUCGUCGAAUAUCUCCCGCAGUAGAGCCGCUAACCACCAUCAACCACCACGUGCUGGACACUGUCUACCUUUUUCGGGUGCCUUUCAAUUAUUGCAACGAAGCUUUAAGCGGAGUUAAGACUUGCGAGCGACGAAGCAUCGUGUGAAGCAUCAAUCGAUAUUUCGGAGUGAUGAAGUAUCAUACGGAGCAGUGCAUCAUUCUGAAUGUCGUGCCAACCUUGAAGAUAGUAUGCUAAAUGUUCAUCAACUACUCCCCACUACGACUGCUUCAUAGAGUGGGGUAAUGAGCUUAUAUAUGUACGACAAUUGUAACUCGAGAAACUGUGUAAC